ACCAUCAACGAAAAAAAAAAAAAAAAAAAACUCAACUAUGUAAAAAUUAUAUACACUUCCAAAUCACUCAUGCGUUUCAGCACAGCAUAAGACAGUGUAACAAACGAAAAGCCAGAGUUUUUGCGUAAGUUUUACACAAGCACCAUGGUUAUAUGGUAAUAUGUUAUGAGUGUCGUUUAUGACGCAGGCUUUUAUAUUUCAAUAUAUAAUAUUUGGAGAAGGACACUCAAAAAGCUGGUUUUUAUAAUUACAAUUUUGAGAAUUGAAUAUGAGUGUUCAAAAGAAGGCUAUCUCAUGUCCGUUAAAGGGUGUUGAACUGCUCCGAAAUGCUCGCUACAACAAGGGUACGGCGUUUACUAUAGCUGAGCGUAGCAAAUUCGGAUUAAAUUCCAAGCUCCCUCCUGUGGUAGAAACACUAGACCAACAAUUAAAACGUGCCUAUGACCAGUACGCAAGUCUAGGAGAUUCCUUGCAUAAACACAUUUUUUUGUCAGAUGUGUUUGAGACAAAUCAGACACUCUUUUAUGCAUUAAUCAGUCAUCAUUUACCAGAAAUGUAUCCAGUUAUCUAUACACCUACCGAAAGUCAAGCUAUCAAGAAAUAUUCUGAAAUAUACCGUUAUCCCAAUGGAUGCUACUUUGACAUUGAGCAUAAUGAUCCUAAGUAUUUGAAAGAACAACUGGCUGACUUUGGAAAUCCCGAUGAUAUCCAGUAUAUUGUAAUUACGGAUUCGGAGGGAAUCUUGGGCAUCGGUGACCAAGGUGUUGGAGGUAUUUUGAUUUCUACAGCAAAGGGUCACUUGAUGACUCUAUGCUCGGGGUUAGAUCCUAAUCGCUUUUUGCCGAUCGUUUUGGAUGUCGGUACAAACAACAAAGAUCAUCGACAGGACCCCAAAUACCUUGGAUUGAAUAAAGAUAGAGUGCAUGGAGAAGAGUACAGUCGCUUUUUGGAUAAUGUUAUCCAUAGCGUUAAAGAAAAGUUUCCUAACGCCUUUAUACAUUUUGAAGAUUUUGGACGCGUUGAUGCCAAACCAGUUCUCGAUCGUUACAGUCCCAAAUUGCCCUGCUUCAAUGAUGACAUUCAAGGCACCGGAGUUGUGACAUUGGCUGCUAUUUUCGCUGCUGUACGUCUUACGAAAAAUAAGUUGGGUGAUCAAACUUUUAUUAUUGUUGGUGCAGGCACAGCAGGUGUGGGUGUCGCUGAUCGUGUUGUUUCUAGCAUGGUUAAAGAAGGGAUGAAGGUAGAAGAUGCUCGACAAAGGAUCUAUCUUUUGGAUAAAGACGGUUUACUUUUGGAUAAAAAUGCUGAUAGUGCGACGGAUGGACAGAAGCCGUAUUUGAAGAAAGCGUCAGACUUUUCCGAGGAAUCAUCUUCAGGACAAGUAGAUCUAGAGUCAACAGUUGCGAAAGUUCAUCCAACGGUUCUUUUGGGUGUCUCUGGUCAAGGAGGAAUAUUUACUGAAAGUAUUGUACGGGAAAUGAGCAAGCAUACCGAUCAACCCAUUAUAUUUCCUUUAUCAAAUCCCACAGAUCUGAUGGAAGCGAAACCAAGUGAUCUCAACGAAUGGACAGAUGGAAAGGCCUUAAUUGCUACGGGAUCGCCAGUUCCACCUGUAAAGCGCAAUGGCAGGGAUUAUUAUAUUUCUCAGUGUAACAACGCUUUUAUCUUUCCAUCUGUUGGGGUUGCGGCUGUCUUAUCCGAAUGUAAGAGACUGUCGGAGGAAAUGCUUUUAGCUGCGGCAGAUGGUUUGGCUAGUACCCCAAAAGAUUAUUUCGCUUCUGAGGAUUCUCUAUUGCCAGAUCUUGGUCAUGUUAGAGAGGUGUCUCGUCAUGUGAAGUUUGCAAUCUUAAAGCAAGCACUAGCUGAGAAUAACUGUGCAGAUCAUGUUCCUCGUGAUGAAAAGGCUUUGCGUGAGUGGAUUGAGAAAAAUGAAUGGUAUGCCGAAUAUAAAGACUACGCAUAGAAGGUCAUUUUUAUGUAUUUUAUGAAGAGCAAGUACGGAAGAAAUCUUCAAGUGUUUAACACAUAAGGUGAUUAUUCUACUUGCAAUUGUUUACGAUUAAGAAAAAUGAAUGAAUGUUAUUAUGCGAUUCCCUGA